UGACGUAAUUGGUCAUAUUUUCGAGGAGCCAAUCACUUGUGUAUGACUGCAACCCGCAGAGUUUUGAGUUGAGCGUUACGCCACACCUGCUGUUCAACAAAAGGGAGGAACUUUGCGUCGCGGUUCCACCCUAGUCUGAGACGGACUGCCGUGAAACCCCGACCAGAACUGAACUGGGCCCACCAACAAAAACCUUACGGUACAGUAAGAGACGUUUAUUCUUCGUUAGUUUAACCUCGGUGCUCGCUUUCUGACGCCGUCCGGUCACGACAGCGUUCAACUAAAGGAGUUAAAGCUCCUAACAAGAACGACAUAUAUUUGAACGCUUGUUUAAAAGCAGCCGACUGACACGAACUCGCGGCAGCUGCUGGUUUCACGAUGGCCGAAGCCGACGAGUCCGAAUUUUCCCUCAUGAGCCUGGAGGACGAGCUGACCUGCAGCAUCUGUCUGAGCACCUUCGACUGCCCGGUCACCAUCCCCUGCGGACACAACUUCUGCCAGAACUGCCUGCUGGCCACCUGGAAGGACUCCUACAGCUGCCCCCAGUGUCGCACCCUGUUCGCCACCAGGCCGGAGCUGAAGAAGAACACGGUCCUCAGCACCGUGGUGGAGACCUUCCGGGUCAGGACCGGCAAGACCGAAGGGGCCGCUGCGAGCAAACCCGAGAAGAAGAAGAAGGACGUGGUCCGCUGUGACACCUGCAUGGAGGCGGAGGCAGCCCAGACCUGUCUCACCUGCAUGGCCUCCUUCUGCGAGGAGCACCUGCGGCCCCACCGGGAGAACCCCAUUUUCCGCCUCCACCAGCUGACGUCCCCCGUCGGGGACCUGAUGGAGCGGAUCUGCACCGAGCACCACAAGCUGAUGGAGCUCUUCUGCAGCCAACACCAGCGGCCGAUCUGCAGCCUCUGCCUGCAGCAGGUCCACAAGGGCUGCACCUUCACCACUCCGGAUGAGCAGCGGAGCAAGAAGGAGCUGGACCUGAAAGAGAAGUUGGUUUUUCUGGAUGGAAAGCUCUCGAAGAAUGAGAGUGUAAUUUGUCAAAUGAGGAUCAUGCAGAACAAGCUAAAGGAGUCGGCCAUCCACAGGAAAAGUGCCUUGUCGGCUGGGUAUCAGCAGAUGCGCGACAUGAUGUCCAGAGAGGAAGGCGAAGCCCUGAAGGCAAUAGACAAAGAGGUGGAGACUGGCGAUGCCAAAAUCAGAGGUCUCAUCUCAAAGUUCAGCGAGAACGUCGACAACAUUGGCAAAGCUAAAGAGGAAAUCCUCUGUCUGCUGGGCCAGUCCCAAACCCUGGCCUUCCUGCAGACUUCAUUUAACCUUCCCCAGGCUGUAAGCUUUGACCCUUACGCCCCUCGAAUCACUCUGGAUUCCAAGAAGGUUGUGCAAGUCGAGGCCUUUGCUUUGACAUUUAAGAACUACCUGAUAGAGCUCUUGAAGCAACCUGUGGAGGCCAGAAUCCCGAAACUCAUAGCAGACAUUAAUACUGGCACAUUUGCAGCAGGUGAAAGAGCAGCUUCUGCCUCUGGGUUUCAACCUACAAGUUUUGGAACUAAUCUGGAAUCUGAGCCAAACAUCUCCCCAGUGAACCCUCGACUCCCCAGAUCCCACAGUCCAGGUCCUCAGGCCAAACCGGCCCCAAAGAAGAAAACUCAAAAAGCCGCAAAAAACCCUUCUCUGACCACCGAAAAUAAUCCAGGCAAUAAGAAACUUGGAAAAUCUAUUGAAAACUUGCUGGAGUUUGGUGUGAAAGAAAAACCAAGGGGACGUCCUGCUGCUGCUGAAAACAAAGAAGUAACUGAGACUACAGACAUUCCCUCAGAGAUAAGCUCUGCUGAGAAACGAAGUGACCUUAUGAAAUAUGGCACUGUGCUCAAUUUUGAUCAAAGAACAGCCCAUAAACGCAUCGAACUAAGCGAGAAUUACACUAAGGCCUCAGUGUCCGACGAGCACACAAACUACCCCGACUGCCCAGAGCGCUUUGCCGUCUGCUCUCAGGUCCUGGCCUCCAAGGGGUUCUCCGCAGGCCGCCAUUACUGGGAGGUGCGACUGAGCAGCAACAACUUCAUCGGCAUCGGGCUGGCCUAUGGCAGCAUCGACCGCAAGGGCCCCACCAGCAGGCUCGGUCGCAACAGCAAGUCCUGGUGCGUCGAGUGGUUCAACGUGAAGCUGUCGGCCUGGCAUAGCAGCUCUGAAGUGGUGCUGGUCAAUCCGAACCCGAAGCGCGUCGGGGUGCUGUUGGAUUGUGAGGAGGGCAAGAUUACGUUCUAUAACGUGGCAGACAGGGCGUAUCCCUUCCAUUCGUUUAGUUUUCAGAUCACUGAGGCCAUCUACCCAGCCUUCUGGAUUUUCUCCAGUGGCUCUCACAUCACUCUGUGCAAGCUUCAGUAAAGUUCGACAUGCAGUUAAAAUGUGAAAACUGCAUGCGUUUACAAUGAAGCAUGAGAAAGAUGGCAGGCUGACUGGUGUGUCAUUCAACACUGGUUAGUCUGGAAUGAGGAUGUGGAAAUAAAACAUUAAUCUAAGUAAGGAUCCUUAUUAGCCCAACUAAAAUGUUGGGUUAAUAAUGAUAAUGUCAGAUUUAAACUACAUACCAAGCAUUGCCAGUAUAUUUACUUGAUACUUCAUCAUCACACUUUAAUCACAACACACUUCAUCAUAUUCAACAAUUUCGCUCAUUAUUGUCACUUUCUCCGAGGUGCCAAGAUUCCUCUUGGUUUAAAGGUGUACUACGCAGCUAAUAUUUCUAAACUCAAAGUUUCUAGUUUCCAUUGAACUGUACUUUGCAAGACAAAACUCAUUCUGAGAUAUCUUAUUGUUUUAAUAUCACAAGAUCCAGAAACAAACAUAUGUACAAGUUAAGUGAAAGCUAAAACGAUAUGAAAAAGUGGGGAGUCAGUGAUGUAGUGGUCAGUUGGUUUUACUUCAAGUCUUCCCCAGAUGAAUUGGCAACAAGACGAGGAGUUCCUGCACAGUUGGACACGAUGACACAUUAAGGUUAAGUUUAGCUAUACCUUGCGUAGUAUACCUUUAAACACUUCUUUCUUGGUUAUUUUAUUUCCCUAGUCAGUAAAGAUGGUCCAUGGUGUUCUCACCUAUAUGUGGAUCUUCUUUAUUUUGGUUGGGCCAUUCCUUUAUGCCCUGUCAUCAGGUGAUUCUUACAAAAGGAUUAUUGAGGUUAUGAUUCUGUGCUGACUGACUAAGCAGACAGAUGAAAGCCUUAAUACAUAAAUGGAUGGGAAGGGCUGAGGGUGGAUCAUAAUAAAGCGCUUGGCUCUUGGUGGAUGUUGUGGGAGUUUCUGUUUUGGUCAUAUGGCUGAAAGAGAAGCUGGUAUUGGUUUUUGGUUUAGAGUAAAAGCUGCCGAAGCAUUUUACUCAAGUGUUUGGAUUUGGUGAUUGGGACUAGAUUCUGUGUUUUGUUCCUAAUUAUGGGAUGUAUUUAAAGGAAAACAUUUGAUUUUUAAAACAUCCAAUGUAAUCAAGGAAUAAGACUUGGCUGUCUUUCAAUCAGUGUGGAUUGGAGAUGGACACACUUUUCUCUUUUUUGUUUCCUAAUCUGAAACAGAAAAUGUACAGCAGGACAGGAGCUGAGCUUGUGGCAGUGGACCAGAUUAUUAUCUCUUAAAAUAUGAUAAUCUGGGUUCAGAUUUGGAUUUUCAGACCUGUUUACAGAAUUCCUGCACGAGAUCAGAGAAUCGCUCGCAAUAUUGUGAAAUACUGCAGUGAUUAUUUCAGUUGCGACAAAUCCACAGUGAUUUUACCACACUUCAGGUUAAGGAGUGUACUGAUGGAUUCAGAAACUUUAAACGCCCCGUUUCUCUGGUGUUGCUCUGUCCUUUUAAGACAUCCAGCAGCAAAUCGUUUUGGACAAACACCUGUAAAGUCUUUACUUUUGAUUGCUUGGUGUUUGCUUCCUAUCAACACGCAGGUUCUUUCAGCUUCCACUUUGUUCAGGGAGAAGUUGAGAAGCUUGAUAUCGAGGCUUUGGUGUCUGGAAAUGGGAAGAAAAGAGUUGUAUCCCAAAAAUACAUCCAACAUGUGUCUGAUAAAGUACUAUUCAAUAAAAUAACCUUUUACCACAAAAAAAGCUAUUUUAAGUUACUAAAUCUUGUUUAAAUUGUGAAAAUGAAUCACUUGUCUUUUUAGGUGCAGUGUUUUGAUAUUAAGCAUGUGUUUUAAAACCUGCUUUUAUUUGUAGAUGAAGCUAUAAAGACCAUGGAAAGUCGCAGCAAAAAAAGUAUGACGAGAUGAAAAUAUAACUUGUGCACACUAUUCCAAAUCUAAGAAAUCAGAGGAAAUGAAUGAGAUGACUUU